AAUCGCAUUCCUUGUCAACCUCUAUUAUGCCUGGCGAGUAAAGAUGCUCAGCUCCAAAACAUGGAUCGCUUCUUUUCUGCCUGAUUGCUGCCACACGAUUUGCCCUGGGCAUCGUUAUCUGCAUUUACUUCGUGCAAUAUCAACGAUCCUGGUUCCUUGUGAUGGCGAAGUCUAAUGAUCUGCUAAUUUCUGUUAUCGCCGUGAUUGUCGUACAUGAUUUUCUGACAGCAUGUGUUAUGGCCUAUUAUUUACACAGAGCACGGUCAGGUAUUGGCUGCUCGAAUAUUGAUGGUCUUGUCAAUAGACUCCUAAUCUACAUUGUAGGCACUGGUGGUUUGACUUCAGUAUUAGGGUUUAUAGCCCUAAUAAUGUUUAUGGAAGAGCAGCACACUCUCCACUUCAGUGGAAUACUCUUGGUGCAAGUGAAAAUAUACGCCAAUUCGAUCUUGACCUCACUGAACGCCCGAAAGUACAAUGCUCGGGCACUUUCUGGAAAUUUUAUCGACACAUUCGCGCUUAUGCCUAUUGGUCAUGACUUGUCUCAGCGCUACAAGGAAUCAGGAGUUCACCGUGGUAACAGGCAAUUUAUGAUUAAACAGCAGUCAUCCGUCUCAUAA